GGUACCGCCCGCGUAGACUUGCCACUACAUGACAGUACAAACUACGUCUCUCGGCUACCUGGAUUACCAUCGGUCACACAUAAGGUCGUGAACAGCUUUAGGUAUUGUAAGCGCUACGUCAAAAUCGCUGCGGACCAAUAGGAUACUAUUUCUUCUGAUCCAGGAGCGGUAUGAUGGCUCACAUUAAUCUUGGACGAAGGUUGGGUGUGUUUUAUCAACAACAGUUCGUGAUUCAGACGUGCGUCAUACGGCGUUGCAAAGCCUCGGUCGCUUCUUCACAGGUUGUCCUAAAAAACAACACAACAAAUAAUGGCCGAGAUAAUUCCAUUACGGAAGAUGUUGAAUGGAAUAAUGCCAAACCUUUUGAUGAAAUGCCUAGUAUUCGAGUGUUGCCUCUUCUAGGAACCAGUUGGGGUCUACUUCCCAUUGUAGGAGCUGGGAUACCAGUAACUCGCGUGCUGGAACUACAUCAACUCCGAUUCAAGGAGCUUGGUUACAUAUGGAGGGAUACCAUUCCGGGAGCACCUCCACUAGUUUCGACCGCACGACCCGAGGAUGCUGAAAAAGUUCUUCGUGCCGAAGGGAAGUUUCCCGAUCGUCCGGGAUUCGAAACAUUGAAAGCUUAUCGCGCAGAACGCAUAGACCAGUUUACUUCCGCCGGUAUUUUGGCGGGCAACGGUGAACCAUGGUGGAACAUUCGUUCCAAAGCUCAGCAGCCGUUCCUGAAAACGAAAAACGUCAACAAUUACGUUCCAGUACUAGGCCAAAUUGCCCAAGAAUUUAUUGACAGAAUUCGGCUGAUUCGACAAGAAAACAACGAGAUGAAUCCUGACUUUGUCAACGAGAUGUAUCGGUGGGCUCUAGAAUCUGUGGGGGUAGUCGGUUUUAAUACUAGACUAGGAUGUCUAGAUCCUAAUCUGGCACCGGAUUCAGAAGCACAGAAGAUGAUCAGAGCCGCGAACCUGUCGUUCACUGCCGUCAAUGAGCUCGAGUACGGUCUUCCGGUAUGGAAGUACAUUUCAACACCGACACUCAAAAGGCUUUACGAAGCGCAGGACUUUUUCACUGAUACGGCCCUAAAGUAUGUUAAGCAGACCAUAGAGAUGAUGAAGAACAAACCAGCUGAUUCUGAAGAAGAUCCAAGUAUUCUAGAGGAGUUCUUUAUCCGUGGAAUGUCUGUGAAAGACGCUACUGUCAUGGUGAUUGAUAUGCUCAUGGCAGGAAUUGACACGACGUCGCACACCACUUCAUUCCUUCUCUACUUCUUGGCAAGAAAUCCAGAUAAACAAGAAAAAUUACGAAAUGAGAUACUCACUGUUGUCGGACCCAAAGGUAAACUGGUCACUCCCGGAGCUCUCAAUGAACUUCAUUACUUAAAGGCCUGCAUCAAAGAAAGCCUGCGAUUAAGGCCAGCGGCGGUCGGAAAUGCCCGUAUCAUUGACAAGGACCUAGUCCUUUCCGGUUAUCGUGUUCCUAAAGGGUCACUGGUGGUGUUUCUUCAUCAAUUGAUGGCACUCAUGGACGAGUAUUUUCCAAAUGCUGAAGCAUUUGUACCAGAACGAUGGAUUAAAGGUGAUCCCCUUGAAAGCCAUCACCACAAAUACGUGGUACUUCCUUUCGGCUUCGGAACGCGCAUGUGCAUAGGCCGUCGACUUGCAGAACUUGAAAUGUGGCAGCUAACCACCAAAAUUUUGCAAAACUUCAAAGUCGAAUACCAUUACGAAGAUAUUGGAUGUCUCUCGCGAAUAGUAAAUGCACCCGACCAGCCACUGCGGUUUAGGUUCAUUGACUUGGAUUAAUCUAUGCAUUUUUUUCUGUUUUGGCACAUUUGUUUGUCUAUCACUUCUUGAUUGCAUAAAAUAUGCGAUACCACUACUCGAACGAUUAAAACGAAAACAUUUGCAAA